AUGAGUUCGUAUUACGUCAGCAUGUUGCAUCCCCCGACGAUGGCUUCUCCAAACUCCCUUCCUGGAAGUGCUAGUGGAUUCUUAGGGGGAUCUCUGGGUUCAAACCACGGGGAUGGGAUAGGGAUGGACCCAGUGGGGAUGUGCGUGGAGGAUCACGGGAAGUAUGACAAUGUGUACAUGAGUUCCGGUGUGUUGGAGUACAGUUCAAGCGGUUCUGAUGCUGGUGGGGUUGUGUUUGACGGGUGCCCACCCAGUUACUCACCAGGUUAUCUACAAUACGGUUACGAUGCUCGGGUGGAGAGUCGUUGCGUCAGAGGAGCCACGGAUAGUAGUGUCUGCCUGAGCUUAAAACAUUUGGACCCUCAUCGCCACCAUCAUCAUCAGCUUGAUCAACAGCAACAGCAGACGCAUCAAUUGCCCGUCUCGUACCACUCAACCCCACAACACCAACUACCAAACACGCUUCAUCAGCAUCGUCUCCAGCACCGAGAAGAACACCACUCGACCAGCAACCACCCCCAGCACCAUGAUCUCAACCUACCCCAGCAUCGGGUAGACCCUCCGGACCAUCCUCAAAAUCACCUGGAGCAGCAUCAACAUAAACAGCUGCAGCAACAUCCUCCAUUGUCGCUGGUACAGCCCCAGCCAUCUCCCGCAUCCAUGACGAACAUGACACCUCCUCUUGCUCAACAGUACUCCCCAUACCCCUUACACAGUGUCCACCAUCGCCCGUCUGAUAUUUACUACGAUAACAGAAUGCUGGACUGCAAACCCCUCUCGGCUGACGCUUGUCAGCUCCCUCAGAUGCCACCUUAUUAUUAUCCACAACAAUCCAUGCCGGAUCCAAGCAUCUCACCUAAUGGAUAUAAUCCGAGUAUGCCUAAUCCAGCCUGCAUGUCUGGGAUCGGAUCGCCGAAUAUGCCAGUCUAUCCGUGGAUGCGGCAGACAAGUGAUG